AUGGCCGACCGAGGAUAUUCCACCCUGACCAAGCUCGGCUUGGGAGCCCUGACCUUCAACUCGGCGCUCGCCAUCUACAACUCCUGGGGUGACGCCGGCUCCGUGGCGUUCGUGCUCGGCGCGGACGCAGCGCUCGUGCUGCUCUUCCUCUGCCUCCGUGACUUUGAGCGGGGCGGCGGCCGGGGCAGGGAUGCCAAGGUGAAAGCCGCGGUGUGGGCGCUCACCACGAUGCUCACGGCCAUGUUCACCUCGAGGGUAGCACCGCUCAUGCCGCCGGCCGUGGCCGCGGUGGUCUGGCUCUUGGCCGUCGCCACGGCCGCAGGAGGGUUCUGGGCGUUUUUCCUUAAUUAA